AUGGUAUCAGAGCCUCACCGGAGUUACGCCGCAGCAGUUGUGAUGGAGCCGGCCGGUGACAGAAACCACAACCAGACAGAGCAGACAGGAGCCUCUUCAAGCCAAAUCCCAUCGAAUCUGCACAAUGAUGAGUUUGAAGAUCCUCUUUACUUACACGCUACUGAGAACCCUAAUCUCAGUCUUGUGUCACCUCCCCUAACCGAGAUCAAUUACAACUCCUGGAGUAGAUCGAUGCGCAUCGCACUGGAGGUGAAGAACAAAUUCGGGUUUGUCAAUGGAAUCGUUCCAGUUCCAGAAGCUAAUGAUCCGAGGUUGACGACUUGGAGAAGAUGCAACCGCAUUGUAUGCUCUUGGAUUCUGAGGUCUAUCAAUCCAAGCAUAGCAGAGAGCGUUAUGUACUAUGACAAGGCCAUAGACAUCUGGAAUGCGUUGCAGAAGAGGUAUUCCCAAUCUGAUCCUCAUAGAAUUUCUGAAAUUCAGACUGAAAUUUUUAGGAAUGUGCAAGGACAAAUGUCUGUGAAUGAAUACUUCACAAAAAGUAAUGCCCUAUGGCAACAAAUGAGUGCAUUGAGGCCUCUACUCCUGUGCGAGUGUGUGCCAAGAUGUUCAUGCACUCUAAUGAAUAGAAUGCAGAAACAGAUGGAAGGGGACCAAGUGAUCCGAUUCUUUGAAGGGUUAAAUGAUGAAUAUGAAGCAAUUAAAUUUGGGGUUCUUGUUAUGGACCCCAUUCCAGAGAUGGAGAAAGUGUUGAAUAUGACCUUGAAGGUUGAAAGAAAGCUUAAAGGUUCAAACACCCAAAGGUGCAGUGAUUUUGCUCAAUCCAAUGCUAUUCAUGAGAGUCAAAUCCAAAUUGGGGAAGAACAAUCUGUAGUAGCAGCUGCUGCCUACAACAAUAACAGAAAGAAAUUUUCAAAUAGUGGGGAUAAGAAUGUGCCAAAGUGCACUUAUUGUAACAUGCUUGGUCAUACUGUUGAUAAAUGUUACAAGAAACAUGGAUUCCCACCUGGGUGGGUAGCAGGAUACAAAUCCAAGAAUAAACAAUCACAAGACAUGCAACAACCCUCAAGUUCAGCAGUUAGUCAGUUGAAUGACACAGGCCUUUCAGCUGACCAAUUCCAGAAGCUGGUAUCUCUCCUUCAUAAUCAAAACCAUGGUGGUCAAGUGUUGAGUAAUGCAGCUGUGUCAGUGAACACUUCUGGAAUCAAAUCUGAUUUCAAGAAUUCUCUGGAAGGACAAAAUGAAGGUAAUUCUGUACCUAGAAUUCAUGUUAAUAUUGUCCUUAAUACACAUUUAAUAUGGAUAUUGGAUUCAGGGGCCACAGACCACAUUGUGUCGUCAUUACAAUUUCUUGAUAAAUAUCACAAGAUUGAGGGAUUAUCUGUGAAGUUGCCUAAUGGUGAUAUUGUCAGUGUUACUCACUUAGGGGAAAUCAAGCUUGAUGAAAACAUUUUGCUGACAAAUGUGCUGUAUAUCCCAUCUUUUACCUUUAACAUCAUAUCUGCUAGUAAAUUAACUAAGCAGUCUGGGUGCAAGAUUGUGAUAGAUGCUGAUUCUUGUACUGUCCAGGGUCAACUUGGAACCAAGGUUGGUUUUGCUAGAGAAAAGGAUGGCCUAUAUCUGAUCAACAGUCCUCCUAUUAAGAAGAAUGUUCAACAAGUUGUUGUAGAUAACCCUCAAUGUAAUAGUGUGACAAUGGGAUUGUGGCAUAAUAGGUUGGGACACUAUCCCAUUAAUAAGAUUUCCCUCUUGAAUGGAAUAAAAUUUACUUCCUUACAGCAACAAUGUGAUUUUGUCUGUGAUGCUUGCAAUUUUGCUAAACAUAAGAAGCCUAUUUUUCCAGUCAGCAAUUCUAAAGCUGAACACUGCUUUGAUCUCAUACACAUGGAUGUGUGGGGACCUUUCUCUGUGGCUUCCCUCAAAGGUGAACAUUAUUUCUUAACCAUAGUUGAUGAUUGUAGCAGAUUUACUUGGUUACAUAUGAUGAAGAGUAAAUCUGAAGUCAAAAACAUAUUUCAAAAUUUCUGCAACUAUGUGUCCACUCAAUUCUCUGCUAAGAUUAAGGUGAUAAGAACAGAUAAUGGGACAGAAUUCUUGAUGAAUGACUUCUAUGCUGAGAGAGGCAUAGUCCAUCAGAAAACAUGUGUGCAUACCCCUCAGCAAAAUGGAGUUGUAGAAAGGAAACAUCAGCACAUUUUAAAUGUUGCUAGAUCCUUGAGGUUUCAAUCUGGAUUGCCAUUAGAAUUUUGGGGACACUGUGUGAUACAUGCCUCUUACAUCAUCAAUAGUUUACCUACUCAUGUUCUUGGUGGAAACACUCCUCUUAAACUGUUGACAGGAAAAAAUACUGGCUAUGAACAUUUUAAAAGCUUUGGAUGCCUUUGCUUUGGGGCCACUAUUUCCCAGGGGAGAAACAAAAUGCAACCAAGAGCAAGAAAGUGUAUUUUUCUGGGGUAUCCAGCAAAUGUGAAAGGGUAUAUACUCUAUGAUCUUAUUGACAAAGUAACUUUCAUUUCCAGAGAUGUCAGGUUUUAUGAGCUCACAUAUCCCUUCAGAGAAACAGAAGAUCAAAGCUCAGAUGGAUGUGAUGUUGAUAGUCCCCCACUUCCUCUAAUUCCUAUUUCAACUGAAAUUCCACUCCCAGAGGCUUCACCUGAUUCAGAAGUCCUAGAACCUGAUGAAAGGACUCCCAGUCAUAGAGUCACCUCAGAAAUUGGUAAUGGAAACAGUCCCAGAGAUAUAAGCCAUCACAGCAGCAGUUUUAAUGACAGUAAUGCCAAUGUUGAUAUGAGCUCUGAGAGGUCUAGUGCAACAAAUAAUCACAGUGCACAGCCUAGAAGAUCAACUAGAUUAAGGAUGGCUCCUCAUAAGCUAAAUGAUUACUACUGCCACUCUAUGUCCAACACUGGAACAAGUAAGAUAUCUGCUAUAGGAUCUUCUCCUCAUCCUAUACAGAAAUUCUGUAUAUCUUCUGUAGUCACACCUAUGGAACCACAUCCAUACCAUGAGGCUGUAAAACAUGAUGAAUGGAGAAGGGCCAUGGAAUCUGAGAUUGAUGCAUUAGUUCAGACCAACACAUGGAUUUUGACAGACUUACCCACAGGAAAACUUCCCAUUGGAUGUAGGUGGGUAUACAAAAUCAAACAUAAGUCUGAUGGUACCAUAGAAAGGUUUAAAGCAAGGUUGGUGGCUAAGGGAUACACUCAACAAAUGGGAGUGGACUACACAGAGACAUUCUCUCCUGUUGCAAGGAUGACCACUAUCAAGACCUUCUUGGCAGUGGCAAUUGCAAACAAUUGGGAUAUUCAGCAACUUGACAUAAAUAAUGUCUUUCUACAUGGUGACCUAGAUGAAGAAGUUUACAUGGUCUUACCCCCAGGCUUGGAAGCAGUCAGAACAAGUACAGGGUUAAAUCUCUGUCAAAAGAAGUAUGCAUUGGAGAUUCUAGAUGAAAAUGGAUUCCUAGAUGCCAAACCUGCCAAGAUACCUUGUACCCCAGGAACAAGGCUUAACAGUACUGAAGGCAUACUUCUUGACAAUCCUGAAAUGUUCAGAAGAUUGGUUGGCAAACUACUCUACUUAACCAACACUAGGCCUGACAUUUCAUACUCUGUGCAGCAGUUGAGUCAAUUUGUUGAUAAGCCAAGAAGCACACAUUUGGUUGCAGCCCAUAGGGUGCUAAGAUACAUCAAGGCCUCACCUGGAAAAGGACUUUUCUAUGCUUCCAACUCUGAACUUAAGCUACAAGCCUUUUCAGAUUCAGACUGGGCUACAUGCACAGAAACCAUAAAGUCUAUAACAGGUUUUUGCAUCUAUCUUGGGAAAUCUCUCAUCUCUUGGAAGACCAAGAAACAAGCUACCAUCAGUAGAUCAUCAUCUGAAGCUGAAUACAGAGCUUUAGCUUCUACAGUAUGUGAAAUCCAGUGGCUUUUAUAUCUUCUGGCAGAUCUAAAAGCAAACAGCUACACAGCCAGUCCCAUUUCCUUGUUUUGUGAUAACAAGUCUGCUAUAGCCAUAAGUGAGAACCAUGUCUUUCAUGAACGCACCAAACACAUAGAGAUUGGCUGCCAUGUGGUCAGACAAAAGGUGCAAGAAGGAAUAAUCAGGUUGAUGAGCAUUCCAUCCCACAAACAGAUAGCAGAUGGAUUCACCAAGGCCUUGCCUAUUCCUUUGUUUGAUUCUUUUCAUACUAAGCUGGGACUUCAAGACCUCUACUCUCCAGCUUAA